ACCUUUGACCAGAGGGAGAGAGAUUGCGUCUAGAGAGAGAGUGAGAGGAGGGAGAAACAGAGAGAUUUAGAGAGAGAAACUUGAAGAAGAAGGUGGGGGAGGGUUGCGUGUGGUGUCGCGAAUUCCUCCUCCACGGCGGGGGUGGUGAAAGAGUGGUUGAAGUCUUGGAGAUUUUAGAGGAUGUGAUUUCUAGAGAGAGAAAGCGUGGAGUAGGGAAUUAGGGUUAUGAUUUACGAAACAUAAUGAAUGUGAUGCGUCGUCUGAAGAGUAUAGCUUCUGGUCGCUCGUCCGUUUCAGAUCCUGGUGGCGAUUCUAGCAUUAAAAGGGUAAAAGUUGAGCAAGAAGUAGAAUCAAAUGUUACUAAUGAACCACAAUCAGUAGAAAAGAGUACAGAGGGUGUAGAGCAACCAAUGGAUGCUACAUCUACAGAUAUGGCUGCAAGUACAUCCAACACAUCUUCUGUUCCAAAACCUGAAAAAUCUGACUAUGACGAGCUUCCAAAAGAAAUGCACGAAAUGAAAAUCAAGGAAGAUAAAUCUGAAGACAAGGAAAUUGAAGCUACUGUUGUCAAUGGAAAUGGAACUGAAAAGGGUCAAGUAAUAGUGACUACUGUUGGUGGUCGAAAUGGACAACCAAAACAGACUUUGUCUUACAUGGCUGAGCGUGUGGUUGGCACUGGUUCUUUUGGAGUUGUUUUUGAGGCCAAAUGCCUUGAAACUGGGGAGUCUGUUGCUAUAAAGAAGGUGCUACAGGAUAAAAGAUACAAAAACAGAGAACUUCAAAUUAUGCGAUUACUUGAUCAUCCAAAUGUUGUUCCUUUAAAAAAUUGUUUUUAUUCAACAACCGAAAAGAACGAAGUGUACCUCAAUGUAGUUUUGGAAUAUGUCCCUGAAACAGUGUAUCGUGUGUCAAGACAUUACAGCAGGAUGACACAUCAGAUACCUCUUCUAUACGUACAAUUGUACACGUAUCAAAUUUGUCGGGCUCUUAAUUAUAUACACUGUGUGAUUGGUGUAUGCCAUCGUGAUAUUAAGCCACAAAAUCUAUUGGUGAAUCCACAUACUCAUCAGCUUAAGUUAUGUGAUUUUGGGAGUGCAAAGAUGUUGGUGCCUGGUGAACCAAAUAUUUCUUAUAUCUGUUCAAGAUACUAUCGGGCUCCUGAAUUAAUCUUUGGAGCAACAGAAUACACAAAUGCAAUUGACAUGUGGUCUGUUGGUUGUGUUUUGGCCGAGUUACUACUGGGGCAUCCUCUUUUUCCCGGUGAAAGUGGUGUAGAUCAGCUGGUAGAGAUUAUCAAGAUUUUGGGGACACCAACGAGAGAGGAGAUCAAGUGUAUGAAUCCUCAUUACACAGAAUUCAAGUUUCCACAGAUUAAAGCUCAUCCAUGGCAUAAGAUAUUUCACAAGCGAAUGCCACCCGAAGCAGUUGACCUUGUCUCACGCCUACUCCAAUACUCACCAAAACUUCGAUGUAGCGCUUUGGAGGCAUGUGCCCACCCGUUUUUUGAUGAUUUGAGGGAGCAAAGCACAACCUUACCAAAUGGCAAACCCCUUCCUCCACUAUUCAAUUUUACACCACAAGAACUUGCUCAUGCAUCUCCGGAAUUGCUUCAACGCCUUGUACCCAAACCCAAACACGUGGAAAAAUGAAGGGUCUGAGUUUUCAACAAAAAUGGAGGGUUGCUUGGUUACUGAAAUAUGUUAAUGUAUUUGGUAGUGAUUAUACGUAUAGGUAUGGUUUCUUAAUACAAUGUAGCUAAGUUUUCCGUUUGGGCUUAUACACUUUAAUGUAUACUCUUUUGCUCCGUUUUUUUUUCUCAAUCUUUUUUGCCUAUGAAA